ACCACUUUACUUUCUCUUUAUAAAUACCACUCACACCCCAAUCUUCUCUUACAACCUAACCUUCUAACCUUCUUUAUCUCUACGCAACACACAACAAACUUUAACUAAGUUUAACCAAAAUGAGGAGCAUACCCAGCACGACAACCUCAACUUCAACCGCACCGACAGGCGCCGCGUCUCCUCCGCAUCCCACGUGGCACUCUCCCGUUCCCUACUUGUUCGGAGGACUCGCCGCCAUGCUUGGUCUCAUAGCCUUCGCUCUCUUGAUCUUGGCUUGCUCCUACUGGAAGAUUUCUGGCGCGUUGCAGAACGAAGAAAACGGUGAAAGGAACGUGGAGAAACUGGGUGAUUCUGAGAACAAGGAAUCUGUUACGGUGUACGAGGAGAAGAUUCUGGUCAUUAUGGCUGGAGAUGAGAAACCCACAUUCUUGGCCACCCCCAAAGCCUCCUCUGUUUCUCGUCCACUCCCCAACCAUUUUGAGCAAAGCCUCCAACACCACGUCACUUCUCAGAAAUCACAGAAAGAAGUGGAAACCCAUCUUCAACAACCUCAACAAACGCUACAACAACAACAACAGACCCAGACACCGUAAUAACAUAUCAUUGGAACAUCAUACUAUGUUUCUCGUCAUUCACUCUCUUUUUUCUUCUUUUCUUUUUUUUCCUUUUUCUUGUUUCUCGAUCUUCUUGUAUUCUAUUUUUGUUCGGAAACUGUAAAUCUAAUUAAGCGAGGUGAAUUAGAGUUGAGGGGAUUGUAUAUAAAUCCAGGGGUAACCAGAUUUUGCAGAGCCUUGCAUGUCACUGCUACUACGUUUAUUUAUGCAGAUUUUUACCUUUAAA